AUGGAGCCAAAUUCUGUCAGCAGUCUCACUGUCUCUAACAAAACUCCAUCAUCUGUGUAUCUAACCUGGAAUAAGCCAAAUGGGAACAGCUCCUUUACAGUAAACUGGACUGAUGGCAGUGUGAAUAACAGCAAUAACACUUCAGACACGUCUUACACUGUCACUGGUCUGACUGCUGGAGUGAAAUACACAUUCACUGUUACUGCAGUAGCUGCAGAUAACCAAACUACAGGAGCACCAGCUCAAAUCUCAGCAUUCACAAAUCCAGAUGUUGUCACCGGUCUCACUGUCUCUAACAAAACUUCAUCAUCUGUGUCUCUAACCUGGAAUAAGCCAAAUGGGAGCAGCUCCUUUACAGUAAACUGGACUGGUGACAGUGUGAAUAACAGCAGUAACACUUCAAACACGUCUUACACUGUCACUGGUCUGACUGCUGGAGUGAAAUACACAUUCACUGUUACUGCAGUAGCUGCAGAUAACCAAACUACAGGAGCACCAGCUCAAACCUCAGCAUUCACAAAGCCAAAUUCUGUCAGCAGUCUCACUGUCUCUAACAAAACUCCAUCAUCUGUGUAUCUAACCUGGAAUAAGCCAAAUGGGAACAGCUCCUUUACAGUAAACUGGACUGAUGGCAGUGUGAAUAAUAGCAAUAACACUUCAGACACGUCUUACACUGUCACUGGUCUGACUGCUGGAGUGAAAUACACAUUCACUGUUACUGCAGUAGCUGCAGAUAACCAAACUACAGGAGCACCAGCUCAAACCUCAGCAUUCACAAACCCGAAUGUUGUCACCAGUCUCAAUGUCUCAAGCAAAAACCCAUCAUCUGUGUCUUUAACCUGGAAUGAGCCAAAUGGGAACAGGUCCUUCUUUAGAAUAUGUUGGAAUUAUGGCAGUGGGAAUAUGAGCAGUGACAAUUCAAGCAAUCCAUCUUACACUGUCACUGGUCUGACUGCUGGAGUGAGCUACACAUUCACUGUCACUGCAGUUGCUGCAGAUGGAAACACUGCAGGAGAAUCAACUCAGAUCUCAGCUUUCACAAAGCCAAAUUCUGUCAACAAACUCAGUGUCUCUAGUAAAACUGCAUCAUCUGUGUAUCUAACCUGGAAUGAGCCAAAUGGGAACAGCUCCUUCUUUACAGUAAACUGGACUGAUGGCAGUGUGAAUAACUGCAGUAACACUUCAGACACAUCUUACACUGUCACUGGUCUGACUGCUGGAGUGAACUACACAUUCACUGUUACUGCAGUAGCUACAGAUAACCAAACUACAGGAGCACCAACUCAAAUCUCAGAAUUCACAAAUCCAGAUGUUGUCACCGGUCUCACUGUCUCUAACAAAACUUCAUCAUCUGUGUCUCUAACCUGGAAUAAGCCAAAUGGGAGCAGCUCCUUUACAGUAAACUGGACUGGUGACAGUGUGAAUAACUGCAGUAACACUUCAAACACGUCUUACACUGUCACUGGUCUGACUGCUGGAGUGAAAUACACAUUCACUGUUACUGCAGUAGCUGCAGAUUACCAAACUACAGGAGCACCAACUCAAACCUCAGCAUUUACAAAGCCAAAUUCUGUCAGCAGUCUCACUGUCUCUAACAAAACUCCAUCAUCUGUGUAUCUAACCUGGAAUAAGCCAAAUGGGAGCAGCUCCUUUACAGUAAACUGGACUGAUGGCAGUGUGAAUAACAGCAGUAACACUUCAGACACGUCUUACACUGUCACUGGUCUGACUGCUGGAGUGAAAUACACAUUCACUGUUACUGCAGUAGCUGCAGAUAACCAAACUACAGGAGCACCAGCUCAAACCUCAGCAUUCACAAACCCAGAAGUUGUCAGCAGUCUCAAUGUUUCUAGUAAAACUCCAUCAUCUGUGUAUCUAACCUGGAAUAAGCCAAAUGGGAACAGCUCCUUCUUUACAGUAAACUGGACUGGGGGCAGUGUGAAUAAAAGUAGUAACACUUCAGACACGUCUUACAAUGUCACUGGUCUGACUGCUGGAGUGAAAUACACAUUCACUGUUACUGCAGUAGCUGCAGAUAACCAAACUACAGGAGCACCAGCUCAAACCUCAGCAUUCACAAACCCGAAUGUUGUCACCAGUCUCAAUUUCUCAAGCAAAAACUCAUCAUCUGUGUCUUUAACCUGGAAUGAGCCAAAUGGGAACAGGUCCUUCUUUAGAAUAUGUUGGAAUUAUGGCAGUGGGAAUAUGAGCAGUGACAAUUCAAGCAAUCCAUCUUACACUGUCACUGGUCUGACUGCUGGAGUGAGCUACACAUUCACUGUCACUGCAGUUGCUGCAGAUGGAAACACUGCAGGAGAAUCAACUCAGAUCUCAGCUUUCACAAAGCCAAAUUCUGUCACCAAACUCAAUGUCUCUAGUAAAACUCCAUCAUCUGUGUCUCUAACCUGGAAUAUGCCAAAUGGGAGCAGCUCCUUCUUUACAGUAAACUGGACUGAUGGCAGUGUGAAUAAAAGCAGUAACACUUCAGACACGUCUUACACUGUCACUGGUCUGACUGCUGGAGUGAACUACACAUUCACUGUUACUGCAGUAGCUACAGAUAACCAAACUACAGGAGCACCAACUCAAAUCUCAGCAUUCACAAAUCCAGAUGUUGUCACCGGUCUCACUGUCUCUAACAAAACUUCAUCAUCUGUGUCUCUAACCUGGAAUAAGCCAAAUGGGAGCAGCUCCUUUACAGUAAACUGGACUGGUGACAGUGUGAAUAUCAGCAGUAACACUUCAGACACAUCUUACACUGUCACUGGUCUGACUGCUGGAGUGAAAUACACAUUCACUGUUACUGCAGUAGCUGCAGAUAACCAAACUACAGGAGCACCAGCUCAAACCUCAGCAUUUACAAAGCCAAAUUCUGUCAGCAGUCUCACUGUCUCUAACAAAACUCCAUCAUCUGUGUGUCUAACCUGGAAUAAGCCAAAUGGGAGCAGCUCCUUUACAGUAAACUGGACUGAUGGCAGUGUGAAUAACAGCAGUAACACUUCAGACACGUCUUACAAUGUCACUGGUCUGACUGCUGGAGUGAAAUACACAUUCACUGUUACUGCAGUAGCUGCAGAUAACCAAACUACAGGAGCACCAGCUCAAACCUCAGCAUUCACAAAGCCAAAUUCUGUCACCAGUCUGAAUGUUUCUAAUAAAACUCCAUCAUCUGUGUCUCUAACCUGGAAUAAGCCAAAUGGGAACAGCUCCUUAUUUACAGUAAACUGGACUGAUGGCAGUGUGAAUAAGAGCAGUAACACUUCAGACAUGUCUUACACUGUCACUGGUCUGACUGCUGGAGUGAAAUACACAUUCACUGUUACUGCAGUAGCUGCAGAUAACCAAACUACAGGAGCACCAACUCAAAUCUCAGAAUUCACAAAGCCAAAUUCUGUCACCAAUCUCAAUGUUUCUAGUAAAACUCGGACAUCUGUGUCUCUAACCUGGAAUAAGCCAAAUGGGAGCAGCUCCUUCUUUACAGUAAACUGGACUGAUGGCAGUGUGAAUAACAGCAAUAACACUUCAAACAUGUCUUACACUGUCACUGGUCUGACUGCUGGAGUGAAAUACACAUUCACUGUUACUGCAGUAGCUGCAGAUAACCAAACUACAGGAGCACCAGCUCAAAUCUCAGAAUUCACAAAUCCCGAUGAUGUCGGCAAUCUUGCUGUCUCUAACAAAACCACAUCGUCUGUGUCUCUAACUUGGAAUGACAUAUCUGGGAACUGGUCAUUUAAAAUAGAAUGGACUAUUGGCAGCACUAACACCUUAAAUACAUAUUACACCAUCACUGGUCUGACUGCUGGAGUGAACUACACAUUCACUGUUACUGCAGUUGCUGCAGAUGGACAGACUGCAGGAGCAUCAGCUCAUAUCUCAGCAUUCACAAACCCAGACGUUGUCAACAAUUUCACUGUCUCUAACAAAUCUUCAUCAUCUGUGUCUCUAACCUGGAAUGAGCCACAUGGGAACAGGUCCUUCUUUACAUUAAACUGGACUGAUGGCAGUGUGAAUAAGAGCAGUAACACUUCAGACACGUCUUACACUGUCACUGGUCUGACUGCUGGAGUGAAAUACACAUUCACUGUUACUGCAGUUGCUGCAGAUAACCAAACUACAGGAGCACCAGCUCAAACCUCAGCAUUCACAAUGCCAGAUGUUUCCAGCAAUCUCACUGCCUUUAACAGAACCACAUCAUCUGUGUAUCUAACCUGGAAUGGGCCAAAUGGGAGCAGCUCCUUCUUUAUAGUAAACUGGACUGGUGGCAAUGUGAAUGAAAGCAGUAACACUUCAAACACAUCUUACACUGUCACUGGUCUGACUGCUGGAGUGAACUACACAUUCACUGUUACUGCAGUAGCUGCAGAUAACCAAACUACAGGAGCACCAACUCAAACCUCAGCAUUCACAAAGCCAGAUGCUGUAAGAAAUCUCAUAUCCUCUGAAGUCACAACAAGCUCCAUGGUUCUGCAGUGGGAUGUACCUUCAGGAGAAUGGUCUUUUUUUAGAGUGCAGUGGAUGAACAACAAUACAAGAAGUUACAUAACUAACAUUAGCAUCACUGAUCUAGAACCUGGAACAAAUUACACGUUUGCAGUAUCAGCUGUUGCUGCCGAUAAUAAAACAGAAGGAUCUCUGGUUAAAGUUUCCACUUGCACAGGUGCAAGUCCUGUCAUUGACAUAAUCUGUAAAGGACCAAAUCGCUCUUCAACAGCGUUGCUGAACUUAACUUGGCAGAAUCCUCCAGGCAACAACGAAGGAUUCAACAUCAGUCUCAGGCCAACAAUCAGUCUCAGUCCAACAAUCAGUGACUUCAUUCCACAGUGCAAUAACGUCUGUAACUACAGUUUUUCUGAAAAUCUCCAAUACUUCACCACUUAUAGUUUGGUUAUUUCAACCCUUGGAUGUGGUGACAGUGGCACAUGGAACUUUAAUUGCACAACAGGCGUUACAGAGCCACCAGUUCCCAGUAAGGGAGAAGAUGUAACAAUAGAAGUCACUCCAAUAAGCCAGAGUAUAAUUAAGCUACAAUUCAGUGCCAGUCUUCUGAAUGGUGCUAAUGGACCAAUUGAAGCCUAUGGUGUUCUGCUGUCAACUGACCAUCAAAGUAGCAUCUCCAGUAGCUUCCUGAAUAUGACCUAUAGUGAUUGGCUGAACAGGAACACCGAGGCGUAUCUCACUGUUUUAAAAUUAAAUGAAAAUAAAAACACGAGAAGCAAUAUGAUUACGAUUGUAAUUGGAAAUAACUCAGAUGUACUCAAUAAUACAGCAUAUCAAAACGGACCUCUGGAAAAUCAGGUAUACAGGGUAGCCUUGGUUUUAUUCACCUACCUGGAAAUCAGUGCCAGGCUUGUGGACACCCAGCAAUCAAUCUACUCUAUAACACCCUUUGCCCAAAAUAGAGCAAAACCAUUGGACCCCACAUCAAACACUCUUGCAAUUGUUUUGGGGGUGCUGUUGCCCAUCAUUGUUCUCUUGAUCAUUGCUGUCAUAGUCCUCGUGAUACAGAAAAGACGAAUAACAAAGGACUAUACAGAUAUUCCUGUCAACAACUUAAGAAGCAUUCCUGUGAGGUUGGAGGAAUUUGAGGCAUAUUUUAAAAAGCAGCAGCUGGAUUCCAAUUGUGGCUUUGCUGAACAAUAUGAGGACCUUAAGGCUGUUGGAACAGCUCAAACCAAGAAUAGUGCCCUUGCCAUGGAGAACAAGGGGAAGAAUCGCUACAAUAAUGUACUACCUUACGAUUCUUCAAGAGUUAAAUUGUCAAUACAUGGCAGCCCAUUUGAUGACUACAUCAACGCAAACUAUAUUUCAGGUUACAACUCUAAGAAGGAGUACAUAGCAGCUCAGGGACCACUACCAGCUACUGUGAAUGAGUUCUGGAGAAUGAUCUGGGAAAAGAAUUGCCAUACCAUAGUCAUGCUGACCAAGUGCUAUGAGCAAGGACGUGUUAAAUGUGAGAAAUACUGGCCACCGGAAGCCAAGCUGUACAGCAAUAUACUUGUGACAACAACAUCAGAUAUCGAAUUGGAAGACUGGACUAUAAGGGAGUUCACCAUCAAGAAUGUGAAAACAGCAGAGACAAGGAAUGUUCGUCAAUUCCAUUUUACGGCCUGGCCCGAUCACGGCGUUCCAGAGACCACAGAGGUGCUCAUUAACUUCCGACACCUGGUCAGAGAGCACAUGGACAGCUUCUCCCGUAACGCUCCCGCUGUAGUGCACUGCAGUGCUGGUGUGGGGAGGACUGGGACAUUCAUUGCCCUCGAUCACCUGAUCUUUCAGAUUGAGAGGGACAGCAUGGUAGACAUUUAUGGAAUUAUCUAUGACAUGCGUAUGCACAGACCACUAAUGGUUCAGACUGAGGACCAAUACGUGUUCUUGAAUCAGUGUGCUUCUGACAUAAUUAAAUCCAGAAUGGGUACCAACGUGGACCUGAUUUACCAGAAUGCAACAGCGUUCGCUAUCUAUGAGAAUGUGCAGCGAUGAAGAGUGAAAGCAUUAAGCAGAAAUGGAUUUCAGGUGACAUUUAACUUGGGAUCAGAACAUCAGGGAAAUUUUUGUAGGAUAUUGGAAAAUCAGCAUGAGCCAUUGAAUUUUUUAACUGGGUAUCACAACAACAUUGCUGUUCACUGACAAAUAUUUUUAUGAAGUAUGCUUUAACUAACACAUUUUUUACCCUAGAUUGUAAGACAAGAAAAUUGUACUUAAUAUUCUUCAUGAAAGUGUACCUCUUAAAUUUUGAAGAAAUGUAAGAAAUAUUUCUAAUUUAUAUAUGAAAAUAAUGUAAUGUACUGUACACUUUUUAGGCACAUAUUUGUGAACUCAGUAAUCACCCUGAACAAUUGGUUCCUUCAGUUAUAACAUGGAUUUGUCUGUGACAGUCUUGUUGCUUUUGCUCACUGUAACAUUGCAGUAUGAGUUAUGUUCUGUUGCAGAACAUGAUGGUCUUUUGGCGAUAGACAGCCGUAGUAUAGUCAAUAUUCCAUGGGACGUUAUGGCAGGAAAGGUCUUCAGAUAGGUUUAUCUGAAACCAUACCAAAGGUUUCUAAUAUUCUGUAACUUUAUUUGAAAGUCAUCAAGACUAUAAUACAUUACAUAUAAUCACUGGAUAACAAAUUUAUAAAAUAAUGUAUGAGUGUAUAUGAAGUAUUCCUGGUGAAAGAAUAACAUGAUAAGGCAGUUAUUAUCCGGUCAUCAUGCCUUCAAAUAGUGUUAUCCAAAAACUUGGAUUUUGGAGCAUAAAAAUUUUAGAACAUCCACACAAGACCUCAGCUAUAAUCAGAGCUAUAUAUGGGUAUCUGUGGGAAUCAGAAUGGUUUAGCCCCUAAAUUUAGCUCAAAAGGUGUCUAGGAAAAGUGAGUUAGAUGAAACAUGUAUUCAUGUCUUAAGUCGCACAUGAAAAUAAUGUAAACAGGAAGCAUAUAUUGGAGUAUGUUCAGAUUUCUUAUACGGGUAUGCACUAAAUGUUAACAUAUAAGGUGAAUUAAUUCAACAGAAAAUGAUUUUCAAAAUUCCAGCAAAGAAGUUAAUCAUUAAAAAUACAGGGGGCGCUCUUUUGUUGCUUGAAGUAACCUGAGCAGGCAUUAAUCUGUACACUGUACAUUUGUGUGUUUUGCUGUCAUGUUUUGCGAGAGUGUCAGACUCAGGAUAUAAAAUAGGGAUAUAAAAAUGAAUUAGCACUGUAUGUUCUUUCUCUGUUACUGUAGGAUCAAACAUUAAUGACUGAUAUUUUUUUAUAGGAAUUGUAAUGCAAAGGUACUGAAAUGGACAUUUGUGGAAGUUAUUUUUGUUCAGCACUGAUUUGCAUUUUUUAAUUGUCAAUAUAAAAUUUAUAAGGUUAUAAGGCUCGAGUAAUGAGUCUGUGAUGGCUGAAUGCAUUCUCUACUGUUAUAAGAUUUAAUUAGGCUUGUGCAAUAUUUUGUUAUUUCAUAUAUAUAUAUAUAUAUAUAUAUAUAUGUAUAUAUACAUAUGUAUGUGUAUAGAUUUCUAGCUUCAGUGUGAAUGUAACUUUCUACUAGAUGUAUAUUUUUAAAUCCUUUAAGAGUUUUAUUAAAUUAAAGAUGUUUAGUUUUGCAAUGCAGAUUUUUAUUAUUCACAUAGAAACAUUGUAGUUGCCUUAUUCAGAUCAUACUUUCUUUGUUCAUUUUUCUGUUAAACAUAUUGUGGUGAUUGAAAGCUGUGAUUUAAAAAAAAAAGUGCCAAUAAAUAUGGUAAACAUUUCA